AUGGCACCCGAUAAGAAAAUACAAAAUGCUAUGAAAAGGUCGGAUGUUCAUCGUAAGAGCAAGAGGGAAAAGGAACAGGCCAAGCUCAAGCGAAGGUUGGAGAUCAAGAAAGCUGAGAAGGGUAAAGACGGAGAGGAGCUGAGAAAGCAACGACUAGCUACCAAUAUCCCAAACACCCUCGACAAUACAAGAAUAUUCGAUUCGAGUUCUUACCUCACAACCGAUCCCAAAAUUUUACAAGCGGCCGCUGAGAAAGCUGCAGCUGCUUCUCGAUCCAUCAAUGGUCCUUCUCCUGAUGCGACAGAUGAUGAAGAUGAGGACCGAGAGUCAGAAGCUGGUCCCUCCACGGUUCCAGCUUCUGUCCCAGCUCAUGAAGAUGGUGGAGAUGUACCAGAUGAGGAUGAGGAAAUGUCUGAGGAGGCAAAGGCAGAUGAGGAAGAGGAAGGUCAACAACGUACAGAGCCUGUAUAUGGACCUCCGCCAAAAAUCUUGAUCACCACCUCCCCCUCUCCCGGAAAAUCCACUUAUCGGUUCUGCGACGAUCUCAAGAAUGUUUUCCCAGGUGGGGAAUUCUUCAAACGACCAAAAGGCAAAGGCUUCGAACUUGGCCGUGUGGCGAGAUGGGGUAUCAAGAGAGACUUCGUGGCGGUCAUCAUCGUCAAUGAAGAUCACAAAGAACCUAAUGCCAUCACUCUCAUCAAACUGCCCGAAGGCCCAACAGCUUACUUCAGGCUUACAAGUAUUCAACUUGGUUCAGAGAUCUACGGACAUGCCAAACCUUCCCCUCAUUCCCCCGAGCUCAUCUUGAACAACUUCACUACCCUUCUGGGCAAUUCCGUAGGUCGGCUAUUCGGCUCUCUCUUCCCUCCACUUCCGCAAUUUAGAGGACGUCAAGUUGUCACUCUUCAUAAUCAACGAGACUUCCUUUUCUUCCGUCGACAUCGUUAUAUGUUUUCCUCACCCACUCGUGCCCGAUUGCAAGAGAUUGGACCUCGCUUCACACUCAAGUUACGAUGGCUACGCAAAGGUCUCCCGGCAGUUACGGCUGCGGACGGUAGAGUGCCCGGUGGAGGAGAUGCCGAGGAAGAGGAGAUCUCGAGACAAGAAAAGAUGGAUGAGGAUGAAGCAGCUGCGGAAAUGGGAAAGGAAUCCACGGAGGUAAAGGGAAAGCCUGUCAUACCGUCCCUGGACGAGGAACAGGAAUACGAAUGGAAAUGGAAGCCGAAAAUGGAGGUAUCCAGAAGAACUUUCUUCUUGUGA